AUGACGCUACAAAUGAGUACGGGCAAGAAAGUUACGAUCCUGACGUUCUUCGGCGCACGUUCACUAGACAUCGCAGCGACUGCCGUCCAAAUGGCGUUCCUCCACGGCUUCGCUUCACCCAACCCGACGAAAGACCUCUGGACAUGGACACUCCUCACCCAGAUCAUUGAGUGCAUCACCAUCCUAACAUCAUGCGUACCCUACCUACGACCGCUCCUGGAGCACGUUCCAUCAGGUCUCUACGGUACCGACACGAUACGACACCGAGGUACGACCCCGGAGCACGGCUACUCGCGCACUAAAAGCAAUUCGUAUCAGCUCUCCAGCAUCGCUUCGAAAGUCGGUGGCGGAACAAAACAUAGUCGGAAGAGUCAGGUGGAAGGUGGCGGGUUCAAACGCCUUCUACCAAUGUUCUCGCACAAUAGAACGACAAAUGCGAAUUCCGCAUCGGGCAUCCCUGGAGGCCCUCCGCGACCUGACGGCGAAAUGGAUGUCGAAAUAACAGCUGUACAUCACAAGCACGAUGGGGAAAAGCGAUGGGAUGACAAAAGAUGGGAGACCGCAAGUACUGGGAGCUUUCCAAAGAUUCUGAAGACUACUGUUGUUAGUGCAGAGUGGGAAGACGUGGGAACAAAGCGUGGCGAUGCUUCCAGUGAUGAGAUUGCGAUUUUGCGAUGA